UUCCGGUCCAGAACUGUCCUCUUCUCGCUGUAAACACAUCGCUUGGGUGGUACUGUGACAAAUUGUUAACUGCAUAUUAUUGUACAUAUUGCUCUGUAUCAUUAGCUAAGAAUGAAGAAGUUUUUUGAGGAAAUCAAGAAGGAUGUAAAAUUCAAGUCAGCAGGGCCAGGGAAGAAACUUACAGACGACACAGGGUCCAAACCUCAGGCCCCACAGGCUGCUCGUUCAGUGCCCAAAAAGGCCCCCACUGAGGGUGCUCAAAGGGCAGGAGCCGCCGCCCUGGCCAGAAUCGAGCAACAGCCCCGGCCGAAAGUGCUAACAUCCCAGGAUGCAAUAAGGAACCAAGUUAAGCGUGAACUUGAAGCAGAGGCAGCUGCAACAGCGGCUGGUCAAAAGAAUGCAGAUUUCGAGGGCUCCAGUGUUCCACAGAAAGAUCCAUCUUAUUUCUCAGUGUCAGGAGUGUAUUUCAUCUGUCCUCUCACUGGAAAAACCAUAACAAAGAGUGAGAGAGAGUCACACAUCAAGGAGGCCAUUCUGAUGUGGUUUUCAGAGGAUGCAGUGGAAGCCUCCAUUAUGAUGAUUCACACCUUUAAUAAAGAUAAAGAGAAAGUAAAGGCUGCCAUGGACAUCAUCUGCAAGUACAUUGAUAACAUUUGUAAGAAUCUAACUGAAGAAAAGUAUCGGAAGAUCAGAAUCAGCAACAAAGUGUUUCAGGAGAAGGUUAGCAGAAUCGAGGGAACUCGGGAGUACCUGCAGGCCUUGGGAUUUGAGAGCACCAUGCUUCCAGUAGAUGGAGAAGAAAGGACUGAGGAGUACUUGGUGUUGCCGCAGCAGGAACCAGAGGCUCUGGAGCAGAUGAAGGUUCAUUUGGAAUGUCUGCAGAAGGGGGAGCCAAUUAGAGCGAAACUGGACCGUCAACCACAGGUCUUCAGACCCUCUCAGCACGCAACAAACUUUGAGCUGCCCCCUGACUUCUACAAUAUGACCGCAGAGGAACUGAAGAGAGAACAGCAACUUAAGAGUGAAAUGGUGGAGAGAAAUGCUGUGCUUCGAACAAAAGCCAUGCGAGAAAAGGAGGAGCAGAGAGAGAGAAAAAAAUACAACUAUGCCCUUCUGAGAGUGCGGUUACCAGAUGGAAAUAUACUCCAGGGCACUUUCUUGGCGUGGGAGAGGGUGGCAGCAUUGUACCAGUUUGUGCGUGAUUCACUGGAGAACGGCUGGCAGCCCUUUGAGCUGGUUGCACCAGGAGGACAAAAACUGAAGGAUGAUGAGGAGUUAGCCCUGAACGAGUGUAGCCUGGCUCCAGCAGCUCUGUUGACCUUCUCGUGGGAUGCUGCAGUACAGGCUGAUAUCACUGCUGCAGGAGGAAAGACUACAGUUCUGAUUAAACCAGCACUAUUAAAGAACAUUAAGACCCUCUGCUGAACAUUUUAUGUUGCUGUUCCUGCCUGCAUUCUCUUGCCAAUCCUAGAGAGUCCCUGUCUCAUCUUCCAAAAACCCUCUUCUGGAGAUUCCAUAAUCCCAACACUGUUUCACAAGAUGAACUUGAUGCAUUGGUUGCAUCCAUGAAUUAGGUGGAUUUAAAUGGUGCUAUUAUAAACUGUAGUAUCAUAAACAUCAAAGUACCUUGCUAUCAGUGAUGUGUUGUUGGGAGCACUAGCACCUUACAGGCCAUGUUCAAACAAUUUGUCAUCCUAUAAUAAUGCUUUGUUGCUUAAUGUCUGGCCUCCUUAGAAAGAAGACUGUUGAAAUGUCAUAUUUGCUACAUCUCAGAUCGGAACUGGCAUGUGUUCAAAGAUGAAACAGUUAUAAUGCAGCAAAUUAAAAGCACUUUUUUUUAGAUACUGCUGAUGAAAAAAAUGCUAAAGUCUACCAUAAAUUCUUAUUCUGACAUCAGAAGCACUGUAUUUGGAAUUUAUCUAACAUGAGCACUACAGAUCGGCUUUUGUGUAGUAAAGAACCUUCGUUUUCCACUUAACAAAAAUGAAGGGACAUGCUAAUGUUUUAACAGAACUUAAGCUCUGGCUCUUAACACAAAUAAACAUCCACUUUUCAAUUGUCACAAUAUCAUAUAUAAUGUGAUAUAUAAACUUAAUAACUAGUUUGUAAAAUGUUCCUUUAUUAAACUGUAUAAAAUAUACAGUGUUGUAUUUUACAUAUAUGCUUGUAGAAUUCCAAAUGUUCUGUGGCUUUUGAUGUAAUUUAUGAAAUAAAAC